UAAAAGAUAAAAUAUUAUUUUAUAUUGAGAUAUAUAUAUAUAUAUAUAUAUUUUGGUGGAUACAAUUUUAAUUGUUUUCAAUGAAAUUGCCUAAAAUUAGCAUUUUAAUACUCUAUGCAGUUGUGUUUAUGGAAGCAGAUUGCAAUAGUAAUAUUUAUUCGCAUAGUAAAACAAAUAUCAUCAAUAACAUUUGCCAAUACAAUGGUUGGCAACAUUUAACUGACAUAGAUGGUGUGCAAUAUCGUAAUGUAUAUUAUAAAUUAGAUGAUAUUUUUCAGACUGUCAAUCGCAAUAUGACCAAAAAAAAAAUACGUGCCGCUGUUUUAAUACUUGGUUGUGCAUACGCUAAUGAUUUAUAUAAAAUAUUCAUUAUGGUCAAAAAAUAUUGUUAUAUAUGUCAAAAAACUUUCAGUCAAAAGUAUAAUACCUAUGAAUGUGCAAAAGAUUUAUUGGGGAUAAUUAAGAAAAUAACUUUAUUGGCAACAGUCAUGAAAGGAUCAUUGAUUGCAUUGGAUGCGUUAUAUAAAACUUUAUCAAAUGACACAACAUACGAUUAUAUAUUAUAUUAUUAUUUGUCACAUUUACAGAAAGUUGAAUACAGUAUUGUUCAUUAUCCUCCAUCGCAAGAUAAACUAUCGAAUGAUUUAACAAUCUUAUCAAAUAUUGAAUCUGUUUUUGAUGAAGAGAAAAAGAAUAUUAAAAGUGAAAUAUUUAAUAAAUUUAAAGAAUGUAAAUUUAAACAAAAUAAAUCUCAUUCAAUACUGCAAGAAUUAGAGGGAUUUAAUUUUCAAAUUCUACAAAAUGAAAAAAAAAUCGAAUAUUUGAAUAAAAAUAUCAAUGAUGACAUUAAAAAUAUUGUUAUAGAAAAGUUUUACAAUUUAGGCUUCUAUUUUAACAUAGAUAUUCAGAUGAUUGAUGUACGAGUACCAAACGAAAUUACCAAUAAAAGAUUAAGAGAAAGACAAUUGUAUCGGUCACAUUUUAUCAGGAUAGAAAAAAAGAAAACUGCAACCGAAGUCACAGAAUUAAUGGAUUUUCUUAUACAAGUAUUAACUUCAAAUGAAAAUAUGCAAGAUUAAUUUUUGAAAACCAAGCUAUAGAAAAUGAAGAUAAAGUAUGUUUUAAUUUUAAAAGUAAUACUAAUUGUGAAACAAUUUAGCAUGAUAAACAUAAAUUUAUUUAUCAACAUUCAAAAUAAAGAUAUUUGUACUAAAGUUAAAAUUAUAUGUAAUAACAUAUUUUAUGAAAAAUACAGUUGUGUUGAUUUACAUUA